CAGGAAUAUGACGUGUGCCAGAGACAAGUUUCUCUGUGAUGGUGGCAAAUGUAUCUCUAUCACAUGGGUUUGUGACGGAGAACCUGACUGUGAUGACAAGAGUGACGAAGACUGUCGAAAGCCAAAGGCGUUUUUUGCCGAACUGCACAGCACAGUCAGUGUCCCAGUACAAAGCAGUGAGGCAACUACAACCUUCUCAUCGACACCAUCGACACCCACAAGUAGCGUAGCGCCAUUGACAUCAGCAAGUGGCACAACACAGCCAAGAGGCAGUGCUGAAAACACAAUCAUUCUAGGUAAUCUGCCUCUUUUCAGCAUUUGUGUGGGUCUGGCCGUGGUGGUGUGUGGUCUUCUUAUCUUCAUAUUCUGCAAAUGGAGACGGCAAAAGAAAAUCGGUAAGUGAUAGUUGCAAACCCAAAUGUUGCAAAGCAUCCUCGAAGUGAAGCUUGUUGAAGAUGGGAAAUUAAAAAAGGGUUUUUAAAAUUAUUAUUAUUUGUUUUUGUUAUCAGUGCCAGCA